CAAAGGAAAGGCCAAAAGCGAAACAGCUGUUGAAUGUUCUGAUUAUUAGAAUAUAGCGACAUCCCCCAAGUGUCAUUACAUCCUUGGUCAGGAAUAGUAUUUUAAUACUAAACUAAUUUGUGGAGCUAUCCCUUUCUCAGCAGGUAUCACAAGUCACAACUUCGUUUGUCAUCUGGAAUGUCGAGGUUGUUAGCUAUCAUCACACGCUCGAAUUUUGUAACGGCCCAAACCAAAGGAUGUCGGCUUCCUUCGUCCACUUUCAACCGUUCGUUGAGCAUCCUCGAAGCUGCGGGAGGAAAGUCUCUUCCGAACAAGGUUCGAAAUUUCGUCGAGGAUUGCGUCAAACUCUGUCAACCAGCUCAAAUUCACAUAUGUAAUGGAUCGGAGCAAGAAAAUCGGACGCUGAUACAAUUGAUGCAGCAACAAGGCAUGCUAGAAUCCCUACCAAAGAUGGAGAAUUGUUGGUUGGCACGAACUGAUCCCGCAGACGUUGCCAGAGUAGAAAGUAGAACGUUUGUUGUGACACCUAAAAAGAAUGACGCGAUCCCAGAUCGUAUGAAUGGCGUCACCGGGCAGCUUGGAAAUUGGAUGUCACCUGAUGAUCUUCAUAAAGCCAUUCACGACCGCUUCCCUAACUGCAUGAAAGGUCGCACGAUGUAUGUUGUUCCGUUUAGUAUGGGUCCAAUCGGAUCGCCGCUUUCGAAAAUCGGGAUCGAGUUAACAGAUUCGCCUUAUGUGGUGGCUUCAAUGCGUAUCAUGACGCGAAUGGGUCAACAGGUACUCGAAACAUUGGGCGAAGGAGACUUCGUUCGUUGUCUGCACUCCGUUGGCUGUCCGCUCCCGAUGACCAGACCUGUGAUCAACAAUUGGCCGUGCAAUCCGGAGCAGACUAUCAUCAUCCAAUGCCCAGAGACCAAAGAAAUCUUGUCAUACGGCAGCGGAUAUGGUGGCAACUCAUUAUUGGGAAAAAAAUGUUUUGCCCUGAGGAUUGGCUCGGUAAUAGCCAAAAAAGAAGGUUGGCUUGCUGAACACAUGCUCAUUCUAGGAAUAACUAAUCCCGAAGGCAAAAAGAGAUACAUCGCUGCCGCUUUCCCGAGUGCUUGCGGAAAAACGAAUCUCGCAAUGUUAACCCCAACAUUACCAGGCUAUAAAGUUGAGUGUGUUGGCGACGAUAUUGCAUGGAUGCACUUCGACAGUGAAGGACGUUUACGAGCCAUCAAUCCGGAAAAUGGAUUUUUUGGCGUUGCUCCCGGAACCAACUAUGCUACCAAUCCAAAUGCUAUGCUGACUAUCCAGAAAAAUACGGUUUUUACAAAUGUUGCAAAAACCAGUGAUGGUGGCGUUUUCUGGGAAGGCCUGGAGAAGGAAAUCACAGGUGUUAACGUCACAAGUUGGUUGGGCGAAGCCAACUGGAGUAAAGCAUCAGGAAAACCCGCGGCUCAUCCUAAUUCUAGAUUUUGUGCCCCAGCCAGCCAAUGCCCAAUCAUAGAUCCGCGUUGGGAGGACCCUGAAGGUGUACCCAUAGAUGCUAUUUUGUUUGGAGGUCGCCGACCAAGAGGUGUGCCUUUGGUUUACGAAGCAUUAAAUUGGAAACACGGAGUCUUCGUUGGUGCCUCCGUCAGUUCAGAAGCCACUGCUGCAGCUGAGUACAAAGGCCGCUCAAUUAUGCACGAUCCAUUUGCAAUGCGCCCGUUUUUCGGGUACAAUGCCGGUCACUAUCUCAAUCAUUGGCUGAGUAUGGAAAAAUCUGGUCGCAAACUCCCCAAAAUUUUCCAUGUUAAUUGGUUCCGCAGAAGUGCAGAUGGCUCUUUCUUAUGGCCUGGAUUUGGGGAAAAUUCCCGUGUUCUCGAUUGGGUACUAAAACGUUGUGAUGAAGCCGACGUUGCUCAGUCCAGCCCAAUUGGAUUGAUUCCAAAAGAGGGGUCGAUUGAUACCAAUGGUCUGAAAGAGCAAAUCAAUUGGCAAGAGUUGUUUUCAAUGCCGAAGGACUUUUGGCAAGACGAAGUUACUGAUCUAGAAAAGUAUUUUAGCGAACAACUUGGCAAUGAUUUACCGAACGCUAUCGCCGAAGAAUUGCACAAAUUAAAACAACGAGUAAAUCAAAUGUAGGUAUCUCUUAACCUCCACUCUCUCCCUUGUCCUGUUUUAAUUGCGAACAUUCCGUUUUCUUAAUGAGCACUUGAAGUUAGAGAGAUAUAAGCUCUACUUACCCACAAUUCGGAUUUGUUCUGGAUGUGUGGCUACCGCACAUCGAUUCGCUGUCAUAAUCGCCCCUAUAUUCCAUUGACAAAUUCCUGCAGUUUCAAUUUUAAAGAAAUUCUAUUUUAGGCACAAUCUAUGUAGGUUAGAGCUAUGCCUUUGUGUCAUUCUUCAUGAAUGAUUUUUAUUUCCAUUUACUAUUGAUCGAUCGUAGUUUGCGUUCUAUGGCAUGUAAAUUAGGUCUGACUGACAACGUGUUCGAAAUAUUUGUCAGAACUCCAUGUCAAGUUGGUGCAUGCUCAAUGUGUAUUGAAUUCGUCUACUUCAAAGAAUGUUGCACUAUUUUCAUGUAAUAAUGACGCAAAAUUGACAAAAUAAAUUCUUUUUAUUCAGUUAAA